GGAAAGGAGGGAAGGCAUCCUGUUCCCACCCCAAACUCUCCUUUCACAUUUUUAAUCCGGUUUUAUCGAGACCUAAAGCGACGGGGGAUAUAGAAGGUUGUCUUUUUUAAAGUUUUAUUUCCUUCCUCCUUUGCCUGAGCCGGCGGCCGCCAGAGGGAGCGCGGCUCCCUCUUUUUAAACCCGCUUGGCACCGCCUCCUUCGCUUUUGCGACACAAAGAAACUUCAGCCAGCCUCCCUUGGAAGCUGUGAACUGGGCGGGCGCAGCAGCAACUCCUCUGCUAAUCAUUGCGGCGGCUUCUGCUCUCUCGCGACGUCCCUGGUUGUGUGUGUGGAGUGAGUGGGUGAGUGAGUGGGUGGGUGGCUGGGUGAGGGUUAAUUUGUUUUGCAGGGGGUUCCCAGAACUGCCCUUUGGAAACUUGAAGAAGGACGGAAGGAAGGGCUGUCAACCGGCUUCUCCAAAAGCCCUUUGGCCACCUUGACAGGCCGUUGGCAUCGCCACCCUCGGAGAUGAAGUCCAGCCUGGUGUCCUGUGCCUGGAUCUCGCUGGUGGUGCUUCUGGACUUCUUCACCCUCCGCCUGGCAUGGCAGGUGCUGCGGCCGCCCUGGGGGAGCCCGCUGGUCUUCUCCUGGGCCGUGGCAUUGCUGCGCUGCAGCAUGCUGAGCCUCUCGGCUUUUGCCACCACCUGCUGCGGGGGCCAGCCCGGGGGCCUCCGAGAUGCCCUCUUCCCCGCAGCUGCCCUGCUCAGCUUCCUGCUGCCUUGCUACACCACUUCGCAGUAUCUGCUCCGGCCCAAAGGAGGCGCCCCGGAGCUGGCGCACAGCUGGGGCAGGAUGGAUGCCUUCGCCCUCAACUAUCUCAUCGUGGGGGCAGUGGCCCUGCUGUGGCAUCACCUCGCCCCCCAGAGGCAGGGAGAAACCGAGAAGAAACCCUCCGCGUCCUUCGGCCGCCUCCUCUCCUGCAUGAGGCCAGAUCUGCUGAGGUUCGUGGCCAUCGCUGGACUCCUGGUGGCUUCUUCCUUGGGAGAGAUGGCGAUUCCGUACUACACGGGGCGUGUGACCGACUGGAUUGUCACUGAGGCCGGCUCUUCUACCUUCAAGAAAGCUCUCUUGGUGAUGUCUCUGCUAACCGUUGGCAGUGCCGUGGCAGAGUUUUUCUGUGACUGCCUCUACAACAACACCAUGAACCGGUUUCACACCCGCCUCCAGAGCAACGUCUUCAAAUCCAUCCUGCACCAGGAAAUUGGGUUCUUCCACAAUAACCGGACAGGGGACAUCACUUCCCGGAUUACCUCCGACACGGACACCAUGAGCGAGGCCCUCAGCGGGGACCUGAACCUGCUGAUGUGGUACCUCAUGCGGGCGAUCUUCCUCUACGCGUCAAUGCUGUGGCUUUCGGUUCCCUUGUCCUUGUUCAUCACGGUGCUCCUGCCCUUCAUCGUGCUGACGCCGAAGCUCAUUGGGCAAUUUCACCAGAAUCUGGCGCUGCAGGUCCAGGAGUCCUUAGCCAAGGCCAACGAAGUGGCUGAGGAGACCUUCCAAGCCAUCUCCACGGUCCGCAGCUUUGCGAACGAGGACGGGGCCGUGCGGAGCUACGAGGGCAAGCUGCAGAAAACCUACAAGCUCAGCAAGUGGGACGCCGCGGGCUACGCGGUCUCCAUGUGGUCUAGCAACUUAGCAGGCCUGGCUCUCAAACUGGGGAUUCUCAUCUACGGAGGCCGUCUUGUCACCCUGGGGAAUGUCACCAGCGGAAACCUCGUUACGUUCGUCCUCUACGAGAUGGAGUUCUCCACAGCGGUGCGGGUCCUCCUCUCCACUUAUCCCCACGUGCAAAAAGCUAUAGGUUCUUCGGAGAAGAUUUUUGAAUACAUGGACCGGACCCCGAAGAUCCGGUCUACGGGAACGCUGGCGCCCGAGGAUUUACGGGGACACGUUCUGUUGAACGACGUCUCGUUCGCCUACCCUGAUAGGGACAAUGCCCUGGUGUUGAAGGGAGUGUCCCUGGAGCUGCGCCCCGGCACAGUGACUGCCCUUGUGGGCCCUUCGGGGUCAGGAAAGACAACUGUCGUGGCCCUGCUGGAGCGGUUCUACGAGCCCCAGAGAGGUCAGGUGCUGCUGGACGGCAGAGAGCUGGGCGAAUAUCAGCACCAAUUCCUGCAUCAAAAGGUGGCGCUGGUGAGCCAGAAUCCGGUGCUCUUUGCUCGGUCGUUGCAUAGGAACAUCGCUUAUGGCUGGGAGAAUCCGAGCGAGGAGGAUGUGACGCAGGCAGCUCUGCGAGUAGGAGCCCAUGGCUUCAUUUCCAGAAUGAGAAAAGGCUACAACACAGAUGCGGGGGAAACUGGGGGGCAGAUUUCUGGGGGCCAGAGGCAGAUGAUCACCAUCGCUCGGGCUCUGAUCCGAAACCCCAAAGUGCUGAUCCUGGAUGACCCCACCAGCGCCCUCGACACAGAGUGUCAGAAGCAGGUAGAGAAGGAGAUCUACGAAGGGGCGGCUCGCAGCCAGCGCUCGGUCCUGCUAAUCUCUCACCGCCUCCACAGCGUGGAACGUGCUGAUCUCAUCCUGGUCAUGGAAGACGGGGAGAUCCAGGAGCAGGGGACCCACCUGGAGCUGAUGGAGAGGAGGGGGGCUUAUUGGCAGCUGGUGCAGAAUGGGACCAACGGGGGCAACAACGGGACCCCCAGUGUGAACAACGGGCCUCUAUAAUGGUGUCAGAAUCAACUUGGGAUCGUGGCCUAGACUGUACGGCUUUUCCCAGCACUCCCUGCUGGUGUGGCAGCGGAUGGUGGAACCUUCCCCCCCCUCACGCCAUCCACCCGCCUUAGCUAAUGCUCAAACUCCAAAGAAACACGCCGUCCACUUUCACAACCUCUCCAUAAUAACAAUAAAUAUUAACGUUUCUAUAAAUACACUCCCCAGCUCAGUCCGUGAGGGGUAAAUUCACCAGAUUCCAGCUCUUCAAGAGUUGCGUCUCUCUUCACACGUCUUUCUACAACCCGUAAGUAUUACAGAGGCUUCUAAACAGCUUAAGAGAUCUGCUUAAAUGACGUGCCAAUGAAUAUUUCCUGUGCUGCUGUCUUACAAAGGAGGCCUCAAUCCCAUGAUCCUCUCUGACUAGAUGCCUCCUUUAUGUGAUCCCAGCUGGAGAGAUGGUUGUUCUUUUUUUCUGCCCACACCAGAGAUGGCUUCUGACCCAGGGCCGGCCCUACCGUUAGAGUGAGUCAGCUGACUCAAGUGGAAAAUACUGGAGGGCAGAGAGUGGGGGUGAGGUGUCAGAGGACAAAUCUCUGUGUGCCAGGCCCGGCCUGCCCUACACUCUCCACCCACCCGCUGAACAAGCUCUGCUGCCCUUAGAUGUAUUGGAGGGCUGUCAUGUCACCAGUGUUGAAGUAAAAUUAAAUUGCCAGUACGAUAGUAUUGGGGAUGACGACAUCUUUUCCUUUGCCCCAGACAGCAAAAACUCUUGCGUUGUCCGUGUUCUGGUCCUUGCUGUCUUCUUCCCAGCUAGCUCACAUUUCUGUAAAUAUAUAGGUGCAAGGGCAAGCUGGGAUAGGGCCUUUUCUUUUGUGGCCCCCCACUUCUGCAACUCAUACCCCUCCCUUCUCUGUUUAUCUUUUUAGUACUGGGGGAAGGACCUUUUUUUAAAAAAAAAUAUCACCCAGACUUUUUAGAACAUUAUGGAAUUCGCUACCACAAGAUGUAGUGAUGGCCACCAAUCUGGACGGCUUUAAAAGGGGGUUGGAUCAAUUCCUGGAGGAGGAGAAGGCUGUCAAUGGCUAUGAGCCCUGAUGGUUAUGUGCUACCUCCAGUAUCUGAGACAAUAAGACUAUAUACACCAGUUGCUGGGGAACAUGGGUGGGAGGGUGCUGUUGCACCGUGUCCUGCUUGUUCAUCCCUGGCCGAUGGCUGGUGGACCGCUGUGUGAACAGAGUGCUGGACAAGAUGGACCCUCAGACUGAUCCAGUAUGGCACAUCUUAUGCUCUUAACAUUGUCUUUCUUUGUACUGUAUAAACCUUUGGGGCUGCAUUUUCUUUCAAAGUCUGUAAAUCACUUUGGAUGACCUGCAUCUGAAAAAGCAGAGUGUAAAUGCUUAAAUUUAAUUAAUUAAUUUAAAUGUGUUCAUCAUGCCUGCAAGCUGGAGCUGAGAGAAAACCAAAGAUCCCAAUAUCUUAGGAUGCCUCCAUAACCUCUUGAAAAUCACUGGAGCUCUCCCCCUUCCCCCCCAUAAAAAUUGCAGGGGCAGAGCUAAGGGGACAAUGGUCUCUGCUCUGAAGCACGUGCACCUGUCUUCACAUGGGUAUUCUUACGAGCACAUUCCGUUCUGUAUUUCCGUGAAACGUAGAGGCAUCCCCUAAAACGCAGAGGGACUCCCAACACUCUGCCCAUGCGGGGAGUGGGUGUGCCAAAAAGCUGUAUAUUUCAGAGGUUCUGUGAACUUAUUUUAGACUUUCUUGUACAGGUCCAAGGCAACUGCUAGAAAUGUUGAGGCGUCUCCAGGCUUUGUUUGGGUUUUGUUGUCAUUGAAGAAAACAAAUGUUGUCUAGGUUUCCUUCUUUUUUUUAGUAUGUCUAUAAAUUAAGUUAAAACAACUUAAAA